CACAGCCGCACGGCUCCGUCGUGUGUUCAUUCUCCUGUGUUGAUGCCGUCCAUCCCACUCUCCAUCCGUGAAAGCAAAUUUAAAGCAACUUUUUGAAAAAGUGCCCCAAACAUGGCUUACACGACAGCGGGAGGGACUAAGAAGAAGGUCUGCUACUACUAUGACGGUGACAUUGGAAAUUAUUACUAUGGACAGGGACAUCCCAUGAAACCACAUCGUAUCCGAAUGACUCACAACCUGCUUCUCAACUAUGGACUAUACAGGAAAAUGGAGAUAUAUAGACCGCACAAAGCCACAGCAGAGGAGAUGACAAAAUAUCACAGUGACGAUUACAUCAAGUUCCUCCGAUCCAUACGGCCGGACAACAUGUCCGAGUUCAGCAAGCAGAUGCAGCGCUUCAACGUUGGAGAGGACUGUCCUGUGUUUGAUGGCUUGUUUGAGUUCUGCCAACUCUCUGCCGGGGGCUCUGCUGCUGGUUCGGUGAAGUUAAACAGACAGCAGACUGACAUUGCCGUGAACUGGGCUGGAGGACUUCACCACGCAAAAAAGUCUGAAGCCUCCGGAUUCUGCUAUGUCAACGACAUCGUGCUGGCCAUCCUGGAGCUGCUCAAGUACCACCAGAGGGUGCUGUACAUCGACAUAGACAUCCACCACGGGGACGGAGUAGAGGAGGCCUUCUACACCACAGACAGAGUCAUGACUGUGUCCUUCCAUAAAUACGGGGAGUACUUCCCUGGAACCGGAGACCUCAGGGAUAUCGGAGCUGGAAAAGGCAAAUAUUACGCUGUCAACUUCCCCCUGCGCGACGGCAUCGAUGAUGAGUCAUACGAGCAAAUCUUCAAACCUGUGAUGGCCAAGGUGAUGGAGAUGUACCAGCCCAGCGCCGUGGUGCUUCAGUGUGGUGCAGACUCUCUCUCAGGAGAUCGCCUCGGCUGCUUCAACCUCACCAUUCGAGGUCAUGCCAAGUGUGUGGAGUACAUGAAGUCCUUCAACCUCCCGCUGCUCAUGCUGGGUGGAGGAGGAUACACUAUCCGCAACGUGGCCCGCUGCUGGACCUACGAGACAGCCGUAGCUCUGGACACGGACAUCCCCGACGAGCUGCCAUACAAUGACUACUUUGAGUACUUUGGGCCUGACUUCAAGCUGCACAUCAGCCCCUCCAACAUGACCAACCAGAACACACAGGAGUACAUGGACAAGAUCAAGCAGCGACUGUUUGAGAACCUGCGCAUGCUGCCUCAUGCUCCUGGAGUGCAGAUGCAAGCCAUCCCUGAGGACGCCAUCCCAGACGACACCGUGGAUGAGGACACAGAGGACCCUGACAAACGCCUGUCCAUCCGCGCCACAGAUAAGAGGAUAGCCUGCGACGAAGAGUUCUCUGACUCUGAGGACGAGGGCGAGGGAGGCAGGAAAAACGUGGCCAAUCACAAGAAGGGAGCAAAAAGGCCCAGAGUGGACGAAGAGAAGAAGGAGGGAGAGGAGAAGAAAACGGAGAUUAAAGAAGAAGAGAAAACAAAGGAGAGCAGCGCUGAGAAGACUGACUCAAAAAGUGUGAAGAAUGAGCAGACCAGCAGUGCCUGAAAUCUUCUUUCGAUCCACAGACACACACACGCAGU